UAUCUUACAAUACUUAAAUGUGAAGAAAGACUUUUGCUCCUCAAUCAAUAACACACUUUCUUUGAUCAUUCUCCUGCCCAGAAACAUGCAACAUCAUCAUUAUGGGGAUUACAACUUCACCACCACCACUCUAUUUUACUAUCCUCCUCCUAAUCCAACCACCCAUUUCCACCACCAACCACCUUACGCCUCGGCCCCACCUUUCAGCCCCACCACCACAUGCCACCCACCACCACCACCACCACCUCCUCCUUAUCACCCCACCAAUCUCAUCUCUCCUUCAAACCGAUAUCCUAUGAUCAAGAAGUACCCCCAUUUUGAUUCUUCUCCUUAUAUUAGCUGCAGUACUUUUAAUAAUAAUAAUGUUUCAUUAUAUGAUGAUAAUUAUGAUCACCACAAUUUCCCCCCUCCACCUCCAAAAAAGUGGUUACUCGGGAAGAAACACGACUUAGGGGCGUCAAUUGCCGGUGACGGGGUUACAUGGAAAAAUGAGGUGGUGAUUGAUCAUACGGUCCCGAAAAAGGAUGUUACAGAAGGUGGUGGGGAGCAGAAGUUUAGAGUCAAGUGGUUGGCUGAAACUGGUGGCCAGUCUACCAUGGAUGUUCUUUGUCAGAUAAAAUUGGAUGGAAUCCAAAUGCGCGAUCCUUCUACCCGUCGAACUUUGAAAAUAUAUCCUCUUGACACGAUAACGAAUUUUGAAGUGUAUGAUUCAUCUACCUUUGCAUUUUGGUACAAAAGUACUGUAGAUAUCGAGCCAAGGCGUGUAAGGCUGCAAUCCGAUAGUUACACCACAAACACAUUGUUGGACACAAUAACUGCGGCAACCAUUCAGAUUAAGGAAAUGGAUGGGAGGACCAGGCCUGUUGAUGCUGUAAAAGUUACUGAGCAGUCGACGGAAAAGAAAGAAGGUUCGGGUGACGAGAUGGACAUAAUCAAACCCCCAGAUGAGGAGAACCAUCAAUGGGUACUCUAUAAAUCUGCUACUAAUUGUAGUGGCUGUGGAGGUGAUGUUAGUGCUUCUAACAAGAAGCGUCAUUGCCGGCAGUGUGGAGAUAUGUUCUGUAACAAAUGCACUCGUGAAAGAAUUGCUCUUCCAUCAGAAGACAAUGCUCCUCAAGUUCGUGGAAAUAUUAAGUGUCAGUGUGAUAAUGCCAGGCGACGCAAUCAUAAUGAAUUAUGUUACGCACAAGGAGAAUCAAAGUCCGCGGCAAAGCGUAGAGCACAAAAACUAGGAAGAUGUUUCAAAUGUGGCAACUUUUCACAUGACAAAGCAUGUCCAGAGAACCACGACAAUGAUUUCAGAAAUUUGUUUUUCCAUGGACCGAUUAGGUGUUAUACCGAAAGACUGUUGAACCCAAGAGGAUACGCUCAUGCACGUAUGAAUUUAGAACUCGACCGUUUGUCUGAAAAUACGAAACGUAAGUUUUCUUCAUGAAUUUGAAAAUUUGUGUUUCAAAAGGGUUUGCUGUUAUAUUGAAAAGUUAUUGACCUUGUUUGAUUAAAAUACGGAAUUUGUGUUAUCUCA